CUUCUCACUUCAUUCUCACACAUAGUCUCAACCCAAGGUCAAUCAUCCACUCCCCCCCACCACGUCUUCCUACGCCCUCAACGAUAUGUCAACUCCAUCAGCUGGAGGAACCACCGUCAAUGGAAAUGGUAAAGCUCCGGCUCUCCCGCCCAUCGGAGGUGGAGGCGGAUCGAACGACAUUUCAUACCCACCCACUACGCCAAAUGGUAAAGGUGGGGCAGGUACAACCGGCGGACGUCCUCAAGAUUUGGAAGAAUUGCAUCGAUUCGUAACGGACGAUGCGCCAAACUAUGCUCCCAGUGGUGCGAGGAAGCCCGAUAACAUGGGAUUGAUCACCGUCCAACCGCUCAGGCGAAAUGAGAUGCAACCAUCCUAUGCUCAAGAUCUUGGAACCGGAGCCAUCGAGCACGGAUUCUACGGGUCCAUGAUUCAAGGUCUCGGCCAAUGCGUCGGAACCAUUGGAAUGAUUCCCUGCUGCCCAUUGCCCAAUCCAUUCAAGAAUGUCGACCAAGGUUCCGUCGGUCUAGUCAGUCGAUUCGGACAAUUCUACAAGUCCGUCGACCCAGGUUUGGUCAGGGUCAACGUUUGCUCGGAAAGCAUCCGAGUCGUUGAUGUCAAAAUCCAACUGACUACCGUCCCUCGACAAACGGUCCAGACCAAAGACAACGUUUCUGUGGAAAUUGACAGUGUUAUUUGUUGGCACGUCGUUUCACCCUACCGAGCAGCCUUUGGUAUCAACAACGUCACCACAGCUCUUAUGGAGCGAUCCCAAACUACCUUGCGACAGGUCGUUGGAGGUCGAGUCCUGCAAAGUGUCAUCUCCGACCGAGAAGGUCUCGCCGCUGAAGUUGCAGAGAUUAUUGAAGCCACCGCUGAAAAGUGGGGUGUGGCAAUCGAGUCCAUAUUGCUCAAAGAUAUCAAUUUCUCUGUCGAACUUCAACAAUCUCUCUCUUCCGCCGCAACCCAGAAACGUAUCGGAGAGUCCAAGGUCAUCGCGGCCAGAGCUGAAGUCGAUGCAGCCAAGUUGAUGCGACAAGCCGCCGACAUUCUUGCUUCACCUGCUGCCAUGCAAAUCAGACAGCUAGAGGCGUUGCAAAAUAUGUCAAGGUCUUCAGGCAGCAAGGUUAUUUUUGUCCCCAUGAACCUCGGAGGUAUGGGUGCCGCUGGAAUGGAAAACAUGGCUCAGCAACUCGCUUCUUCUAACGGCGAACAGAACGCCACUGGAGGUCCUGGACCUGCCACGAAUGCUGGUAUCAUCGCUUCCAUGGCGAGUGUGUAGGCGUACGCAGGAAGACAAUGUGGUGAUGAAAGAAGGGAAAAGAGCUGUAGGAAUAUAAAGUCGAAGGAGAUGAUUUUUAAUUUUCGUGUUGAUUCGGUCACUCCUCUGAAGCCGCUAUGCAAUGUCUUCUUGUGAUCUAUAGGGAGCUGAACUCUGCGAUAACAUUAUUCCCCCUUCGCACUGUGCUUGCCCUUGUGACUCCAUCAACAGUCAGU